CUCUUACCACCACACCGCGCAUCAUCUCACCCCGCGCUGUUUCAACCCUUCAUACCCACACCUUCAUCUUUCCCUUUCACUGCUCUCCGACCCAGCAACACUACACACCCUAUCGUGCACAAUGGCGCGGGCCAAGCCCAACAAAGCCGUUGUGCCAGCGGCUUAUAGCCCGCCCGCGACACGAACGCGUUCGCGCAAAGCUACUACUAACACACAGUCACAAUCUACCGAACCCGAUAACACAGUCGAGCCUCCCAAGGCCGCUCCCAAGAAGCGCGCCGCCCGUCAGACCCGCACCGAGCGCACCGAACCCACUACCAACCGCAUCAAGAAGCCUGCGACCCGCGGUCGACCCGCCUCAAAGAAAGCAUCAGGCGCUGCGACUAAGCGCACGGCUGCUGCCAUCGAGAACAAUACCACGACCGACAGCUCAGAGCCUGUGGAGGGGCCGUCGUCUCAACCUGCGUCGCAAAGCACUCCUGCGCGCGCUAAGGGAGCUCCCGCCUCGCGCCGCACAAGAGCCGCGACGAAGGCCGGUGUUGCGUCACCAAUCGCAUCCAACCCAAACACUCCCAAGAAUGCGGGUACUCCUAGGAAGGAUAUGACUCCGCUUGAUGUGGUCGUGCCUGAUGACAACAACAAUACUACCACGACCGAUCCUGACGACUGGUUCCCGAAUCUCCCGCGCGCAUCAACUCUAUAUACAAACAAAUCCGAACGUGCGCAAUCCCGUCGCUCGUCUCUGGCACAAUCCCGCCGCUCGUCCGUUUCGCAAUCGCGCCGUUCGUCCACACACCAACCUCUCGAGGGCAACGAGCCUCGGAAUGGCGCCGUAAACGCAGAACCCGCCGACGAGCCGACUGCCGAUGAAAUGACCGCCGAAGCGCCCGCCGAGUUCCCUGGAAUUACUGACGAUCUUGAGGCAGAGGGCUCAACGACUGAGGAGGAUGAGGAGCUUCCCGAAGUUGCAGAGCCAGAGCACACAGCCACUAGCCGGGAAGUUGACCAGGAGGAAGAGUCGGGCAACGAAGUUGACGUUGCCCCAUCGUCUGACCCCAUUAUUGCCCCAUCGUCGGACCCCGCCGUUGAAGAUAAUGAUGUAGAAUCCGAGGAAGAAUUAACGAAUGAUGAAGGUAAUGAUGACAGAGAUCAUGCUACUGAAGACGAGGAUGAAGGCAUGGAUGAUGCCGCUUCCGAGGACGCGCACAUCGAGGAAUUCACGCCUGAAGCUUCUUCACCGAGGUCCCCCCACACUCCUCAGAGCGCCAGUCGCUCUGAAGAGAAAGAGCCAACCACCAGUGCACGCAAGUUCGGCCUGGGCCUCUUGUCCUCUGUCGGUUCAGCUUUUACCCGAAUCUUCCGCAGCCCUCUGCGAUCCCCGCAACAGCCCACGGAGCCAACGGAACACUCGACUAUCACAUCACCAGCCAAGGCAGCUCACGAGCGCAAGGCUAGGAACAAGGGUGCGACUCCGAAGCCACGCGUGACCGACGCCGACAAGCGACAUGCGAUGCACGAAGCAGCCAAAGCACAUGCCGAUCGCAGGCAGCAGAUUGAACGGGAAGUUGCGAAACAGGAACCCGGUCAGAAGCGUCGCCGCACCAGCGUUGAAAAAAUCCCUGCACAUCGUCCUGGCGAGCGCGGCUACGGAAUGGUUGACGAAUACUUCGACGAACUCGAAGCUUCGGAGAAUACGGCACCUGGCAAUCAGAGUCAUCACAGCUCACCCCGCACUCCAGAGUCUGCAAAGCACACUGCGAAGAGACGCAGGCUUGGCUCUUCCACAUACGAAGACGAAGAAUCCGACGAAUCCUUCACUCCUCAGCCUCCGACUACAUUGAAGCGCCCUCGCAACGGUUUCCGUCGUAUGAUGAUGAAGCAAGGUCAUGAGGAUCCGAUGAACAUAUUCAAGCAGGACAAGCGGGCUCUUCACGUGAAUAGUUUCCGUGACCCCCAAGAGCCUCUCCAGGACGACUUCUCCAAGUCAAACCGACUGCCCACCCCCAACAAACCCUCUCCGUCUAACGUUUACACUGGUUCCGUCGCCGCUAUGCCUGGUGACGUAGGAUGGAAGCCUCCCAACGUAUUUAAGCAAUCGCAGGAGCAGCUUAGCGAGAAGAGAUCGCGCCCCAAGACCGAUCUCGAUGCGUUGAGGCGCGCAGCUGAGGCGGUUGCCAGGAAAGACGAAGAAGACCGCACUGAAGAAGAACAGAGGAUUCUGGAAGAAGGCCAGCGCAAGCUUGGUCACAUCGCGGGAACUGGCAGUUUCAGCGCUCCAGAAUACAGCAGCGAUGAGGAUAGCACUAUGCUGGACGACUCCGAUGAGGACGAGGAACCAAAGACACCUUCCAAGAGCUCCGGCUUCCCCAGCUUUUCCCUCAAGGGUGCUGCGCCCAAGAACGAUUCCGUCAACGGCACCGCCCCAAGCGGUAAGAAGGUCACCUUCGCGGAUACGCCUAGCGUUAGCGUGAUCCAGAAGCCUCCCCCGCCGCCAACUCCAGCCCAUGCUCAGCUGCCCGGCACGGCUCCUGCGAACCCAACUACCCCCACCAAGGCUGCCGCACCAGCACCAGCACCGGCCUCAACGCCGGCUCAGACUCAGCCGCAAGCUCAAUCAACUACGCCGGCUAGUGCUGCAAAGACUCCGUUUGGGGCCAUUGGGCCCGCAAGUCUUGCACGCGCACGGGAGAUUGCCGAGAAGCACAAGCCCAAGACAGCCUCUCGUCUCCAGUAUUCUACGCGCAUGUCGUCAUCUCCUCAGAACCAGAAGUCUCCGGAGGAUAAGCAAUCUGCUUCCAAGGCCCAAGCUGCUCAGAGCAAGGAAGCCAACGACAUGGCUUCUAGCCUAAUCACUCAAGGACUUGUUCCUCCUGUCGGCGGUACGCCUCAGCCUCAGCCUGCACCUGCUGGCGAUGGUCAGCAGCCUGUUCCGGAGACGCACGACCACCUCCCGUCCUGGUUUCCCGCCAGCUGCCGCAAUAUCAAGGACCCUCUUGACUUGAAACAACUCGAGCAGCUCGAGGAGGAAGAAGACCGGAACAUCGAGAAUGCCUGGGCAGCGUGGUCCAAAAACGACAACCAGACUAUGUUCGACUCCUUUGCCAUUUCCAUGGAGACGCGAAAGGCGUUUGGAGCGCAGCUGAACACUGAGAGUCUCGAGGAGAUCGAACAGGCGGAGCGCGAAGUCGAGAAUGAGUUUAUGAGAUUCAGUGCCAUGAGCACGUCUGUCUAGAUUGAAAAUCUCUGGCGAUCCGACCAUGGUCGUCAUCAUUCGACUACUUCUCGAUAUCGAAUUUGGAAUCGUGCGCUGAUUCUUUCACGGC